GUAGAUCCGCACCGUCGAUCACUACCAGCUGUUCCUGGCGUCUAAUUCACACGUGUCCUGACACCUGCCAAUUUAUUGGCAUUUUCCGUCAUUUUCUCAGUGCGAAAUUGUGCGAAUAUCCUGAAAUAAUCAUAAAAAAUCGGCAGAUUGAAUUCAGUCAGACCAGUGAAUAAUUGUGUUUAAAUGUGACUCGUUCUGUUUGGUAGUGUGAUCGAUUGAUAAAUCAAUAAUGACUUGAGGCACUUGAGGUCAAGGAUCAUUGUCAUUAGCUGAAGUGAUUGCCAGUGUCCACGAUGAAGGACGAUAGUUCAGAGACACGUGAGAAUCACUCGAGUGAUUUGUCAUCAAAGAGACUGUGCCACGAGCACGGUGAUGAUUGUCCAAGUGAGAACGAACGGGAAUUCGAGUCACUGGAGUACGAGGAGGACGUCUACUACUCGAAAUUAGCAGCAACACCUAGUUUCGAUGAUAUCGACGAGCUCAGUGUCAACGAGGAGAUUAUCAUGCACUGCUGGAAGGACUCCAAUUGCGAACUAGACGAGAUCAUCGUCGACGACACGGAUCUCGCCUUCGUGGAGGGACAGGAGGGCACCAGGAGAAUGAGGAGAUCCAUUAGGAUUAUUUUUCAGGAAUUCUCCAAGUCGUAUCUGGAGAAAUUCAGCAGAGGCCAGAAGAAACUCAUGGAACGACUCAAAGGAGAGGAUGCUCUGCACUCUGGACUGAAUUCUGGAUUAAAUUCCCCGUCUAUGGAUAAUAUCGCGAAUGAACUCGCGGGGAUGACACCAGAGCAGCAAGAGGAGCAGAAAGAGGAGUGGAGGCGUGAAUUGGCCAAGGUGGAAGAGGAAAUUCAGACCCUCAGACACGUACUCUCGAGCAAAGUGAGAGUGUCACAGGAGUUGAAACGCAAGCUAGGAAUCACUGUCUGGAAGGAUAUAACGGAUGACGUUAACCAGGGGAUUCGCAACGUCAAGGAGAGUCAGGUUUAUCAGAACGUGGGUGAGAAACUCGGUCGCUUCACCAGGGCGGUCUCCGAAAACAGUUUAUUCCAGAGAACAGAGUCGGUGUGCAAACAGGCAGCAGGACUCACUACCAGUAUUCUCGGAGGUUUUGGCAGUGGAAUUACAAUGAAACUUGGACAGAUGCGUAAUUCUGACAGCUUUCGAUCGCUCGAAGAAAAAGUUGGCUCUGCAUACGAAAAUGUUAAAGGAAAAGUCACUCCGUCGAGAUCAACAUCAACCCAGAGCUUCGACGAGGCACUGCGCGAGGCAGAGGCAUCGAGACGUGCCUCAGGUGCACCAUCAGCUGCCACAAGCCCCACAAUUCCUGAAGAGAAAUUAUUGUCAUAGAGUUUGUCUUACAGUCGGCCUUUGAUCCCACAAUGCGACAAUAACAACUAUUCACCGUAUGGAAGUAACACAUGGGUCGGUCGUCUCGUUCAUUACUACUAUUGUUCACAAUGUAACACGUACUUGAGGUCCAAUCAUAACAUUUAACGAAGUUUCCAACACUGAAUGUCAAGUUCCUGUGGACAAGACAGUAUUCGUGGACUUUAUCAAUUAAACGUGCUUUCUAAAAUUUAAACAUGUGGCGCUAAAUUUCAGAGAUAACGGUUGUUACCCUGACAAUACAAGUUAUACAAUGGGAAAAAAUCAGUCUGGAAAUUAGAACAGGAUGUGAAAACAUUUACAAGUCAAAACAUUUUUACACGAAAACAGAGAGUUCAUUGGGAUAAUGUGAUCCUGAAUCAUCCAGCACUGUUGAGCCUUUAAAUAUAUAUCGAAUACGUUUUUGGGACGAGUGGAGAUUAUUCUUUUUUAUUUCACAAUAAACAGGGAGCAAGUGGUGAAAAACCGCAGAACAAGUCGUUUAUGGAUUUUUAUUAAUGAAUCAUCAGAAGUUUUGGAAAUGUUUUGGCAUUAAAAAUGUGGGAAAUCAGUUCAAAUUUUUGGUUUACCUUGGAGUUAGUUGAAAUGUUUUUUUUUUUGUAGAAUUAUUCGACGACUUUUCUCCCUGAGUGUAAAGAUAAUAAUUGGGCCACGGGAAUUAUCGAGGGUAUGAAGUAUUUUGGUAAUUACUCCCAACCGCGUAAUCGGGAGUUAUUCUUUCUUUUGAAUUUUUAAUUAUUCACAAUUAAACAGGUGUACUUACGACACGUAGUGUAACUGCUCUGUCCAGCUUCGAGAAUUUCAGUUACUUCUCCUUUUUUUUUUCUAGAUUCUAAGAUAAAACGUGUUUAGUACACUUGCAUCUGUCCACCUGGCGCCUGUCUGCCACUGUAAUCCUUAUUCUUACUGGUAAAUAAAUUAUUUCAUCAGAAUAA